GCAGCGUCUGCUCUGUCGUCCCAGCUGCUCUCACGGCGGGAGGCUUCUCCGGCCGCUGCCGAACGCUGAUGGAGCUCUCGGAGUAGCUGCUGUUCUGUUCCCUUCCUCACCCUUUGUUGCAAGAGCCCCCGGGCCCGGGGUGCGGCUGGCCUCGGGGACCGCCCCCUCAUGCCGUGGUUUGAAAGUGCCAGUUGCCAGGUCACCUGGGGGAAUCGCUGUAGCUGGGAGGCACCGCGGGCCCUGCCCUGCUCCGUAGUGUCGGCUCUUGAGGCUGCUGCUGCUGCCUGGUGAAGAGGGAUUUGCAAGGAGCUGAGCCCUGGUGCAGUUGCAGCAGCUAUGGGGCUGCAGCCCUUGGAGUUCAGCGAUUGCUACCUGGAUAGCCCCUGGUUCAGGGAGAGGAUCAGAGCCCAUGAGGCGGAACUGGAAAAAACCAACAAGUUCAUCAAGGAGCUGCUCAAGGAUGGAAAGAACCUUAUCGCUGCAACCAAAAAUCUUUCGGCAGCCCAAAGAAAGUUUGCCCACUCUCUGAGGGAUUUUAAAUUUGAAUUCAUUGGCGAUGCAGAGACGGAUGAUGAAAGAUGUAUAGAUGCAUCCCUGCGUGAGUUUUCAAAUUUCUUAAAAAAUCUGGAAGAGCAAAGAGAAAUCUUGGCACUGAGUGUUACCGAAACGCUGAUCAAACCUUUGGAAAAAUUUAGGAAGGAGCAGCUAGGAGCUGUAAAGGAGGAAAAGAAGAAGUUUGAUAAAGAGACAGAGAAAAACUACAGCUUUUUAGAGAAGCAUUUAAAUUUAUCAGCUAGGAAGAAAGAGCCACAGCUACUAGAGGCAGAUUACCAAGUGGAGCAAAAUAGAAAGCACUUUUAUGAGCUGUCGCUUGAAUAUGUGUGCAAGCUGCAGGAGAUACAGGAACGGAAGAAAUUUGAGUGUGUGGAACCUGUGCUGUCAUUUUUUCAGGGUAUAUUCACUUUCUAUCAUCAGGGCUAUGAACUCGCCAAAGACUUCAAUCACUACAAAAUGGCUCUGCAGAUCAAUAUCCAGAAUACAAGAAAUCGUUUUGAAGGAACAAGAUCGGAGGUGGAGGAGCUCAUGAACAAAAUCAGGCGGAAUCCUCAGGAACAUAAAAGAGCAAAUCAGUUUACAAUAGAAGGCUACCUUUAUGUGCAGGAAAAAAGGCCUGCCCCAUUUGGCUCCAGCUGGGUAAAACAUUACUGCAUGUAUAGGAAGGAGACAAAGAAGUUCACCAUGAUCCCAUUUGAACACAGGUCAGGAGGGAAAAUUGGUGAUGGGGACGUUUUCCUCCUUACAUGCUGUACCAAAAGAAAUGUGGAUACUAUAGACAGACGUUUCUGUUUUGACAUAGAAGCUGCAGACAGAUCUGUUACUCCUGUGACCAUGCAGGCAUUUUCUGAGGAGGACAGGAAGCUGUGGAUGGAAGUCUUGGAUGGAAAAGAAACUCUGUUCAUCAAUUUGUAUAGAGCCAACACAAGACAGGAGGGAAGUGCACAGUUGGAUAAGAUAGGAUUCACAAUUCUGAGAAAAUGCAUCAGUGCCGUUGAAACACGAGGUAUAAAUGACCAAGGAUUAUACAGAGUUGUGGGGGUGAGUUCAAAGGUCCAGAGACUUCUGAGUUUGCUAAUCGAUGCAAAAACCUGCAGUGAAAUUGAUCUGGAAAACUCUGUAGAUUGGGAAGUGAAGACGAUUACUAGUGCUAUGAAGCAGUACCUGAGAAGUCUUCCAGAGCCCCUAAUGACGUAUGAGUUGCACAGAGAGUUCAUCAUUCCUGCCAAAAGUGGCAGCCCUGAGACCAGAGUUAACGCUAUCCACUUCUUGGUUCAUAAACUUCCAGAGAAGAACAAAGAGAUGCUGGACAUUUUGGUGAAACAUUUAGCAAACGUUGCAGACCAUGCCAAGAAAAAUCUAAUGACUGUAGCAAAUUUAGGAGUAGUAUUUGGACCAACCUUAAUGAGGCCACAGGAAGAAACUGUGGCAGCUAUUAUGGAUCUAAAGUUUCAGAAUAUCGUGGUGGAAAUCCUUAUAGAAAACCAUGAGAAGGAGUUGCAAUGGCUAGCAGUUCCUAGCAAUAACUGCCCUAAUGGUCUCUGCUCCUGAGUGCCAUUGGAGAUAUAUGAACCUACGCUCAGGAAGACUGUUCUUGCAUUGCCUGGCAACAUGAAGAGAGUACACAUCCUUGUCACCAAGCAGCAUAAUGUUUUGGCCUGUCAUUGGAAAGACUGUCCAGUGAAAUGAAUGUAACCGUCACCAUCCAAAAGUGUUACUUGUGUGCCAUUGAGGCAUACCUUAAUGUGGAGCAUUUUGGUUCCUCAACCCCAAAAUAAGCUUCCAUUAAAAGAAAAAAGCUGAAAUAAAAAAAGAGUGAAAAAGAAAAUACGACAGGGGGAAAAUGCUGGAAAAGAGGAAAAGUCUCAGUGAGAAGAGAAUAGAUAAGUUUAAGUAUGGGGGAACGAUGAGGGGAGGACAGAAUAGCAAGAAGUGGCAAAAACAGGAGAAAAUGAAGAUUACGAAGGAAAAAAAUUGAAAGAAGGGCCAGACAAGAGUUCCAUAAGGAAAGAAGGAAACCAGAGUCUACUAAGGAAAGAGAGCAAAGAGGAGAAGAGGAGUAAGGAAAGAAUGAGACUCCUCCAAAGAAUUCAGAAAAUUUAAUUGCUGUUGGAAGAGUGAAGAAUGUAUUCAUUCUUUUUCCUUCUUCAGCUUUAUAAAUGUUAAGGGUAGUUAACUGAAUUUUAUGUAGCUUAAAAUGUAUCUUUAUAUGUCGUAUUGUAGUCUGUUCAUAUGGGGAACUCAUUAAAGUGAAGUACCAAUAUUUGAAUGUAUUUUCAUCAUUUAGUUUUAAAGUAGACAUGCCACAGUAUUUGUAUUUUAAAAUUAAAAGGUAGUUUAAUAUAGAGUAGUAUUUUAAUAUUUUUAUCUGUCAAGCUAGUAAUUAUUUAAAAAAAUAAAACUUAGUACUCUUUUGUCUUAAAAGCACUCUACAGACAUUAAUCCUCACAAUAGUCAUGAUAGGAGUCAGGGAAAUUAGCCCUUUUUACAGAUGGGAGAACCGAAGCAGAGAGGUGAAGAUCUGCUUAAGACUGCAGAGUUGGUAAGGUGUGGCCACAAAGCAGCAUUCUUAGCAACACUUCUAAUUUCUGUUGAUAGGCCACUGUUGCAGCAGAGUGCUCAAAACCUCUAGGACAGGCUGAUAAAGCCAUCUCUGAAGGCAAAGCUUUCCUCCCUUACCAGUCUUCAAGGAGGAGUGUGUAAGCGGAUCCUCAAAGAAGGGGAGGGAGGGAACCUUAGACUUAACAGACCUGUCUCAGUGUUGGAAAACUUUGAUGCACCACCCCAAGUCCCCUUUGCCAUGAAGAUUGGGAUUGUGGCAGAGCUUCAUGAAACAGCCCAUUCUGAAUGCCUCUUGUUCUGGCAUAUGCUCAUGCACCCUGCUUCUGGUUAGGGAAGAUUUUACAGCAAUAAUUUGAUUUUAAUCCAUCAAAGCACUUAAGCUUAUGCUUAGUGUUAAGCACAUGAGUAAUCAGUGACAUCAGUGGGACUAUACAUGUGCUUGAAAGCUUUGCUAGAUCGGGACUCCGAAAAGCAACCCUCCCACCCCCAAAAAAUUUAUGCUGUACCCUGGUGGAGGGCAACCUAGCAAGGAGUCUUCUAGGCUGGCCAGGGAGUGGCUGGGUUUUUUAAGUCCUUUCUUCAUUCUAUGGACAGGGCCGGCGCAACCCAUUAGGUGACCUAGCUGGUCGCCUAGAGUGCUACAAUUUGGGGGGCGGCGACCGCGCCGGUAUUUCGGGGCGGGCCCUUCUGUCGCCUAGGGCGACAGAAAAGCUGGCGGCACUCCUGCCUAUGGCAAUGGGUCCCACUAGAUAAUUGUUGUACAGGGGGAUCCUGGUGGAAAGCAGCCUCCGAAGGCAGCUUCAUGAUGUAGCAAUUCACUGAAAACAAAUCAGUGCAUUCAUUUUUUAAAAAUCUUCUAUUUUGUGAGUCUUAAAAAGUAGCUUAUAACAGAGAGGAGGCUGUGUAUGUGAUCUUGUUCCAAUUGUGCAACAGCUGCUGAGAUCAAAAAGAACUGAGCAUGGUUCAGGGAAUUGUAGUACAUGGCUCCAAGAAAAUAAAAAUAGUGUAAAUCAUCAGAUCAGUGUAAAAAAAAAAAAAGUCUCAAAGUCUGAAAGCAGCCUGUCAAAACAUUGACUACAAAUACAUCCAUGCACACAUGCAUUGCAUGCAAGUGGACAAUUCUUCUUUCUGUGUUUUCACAUACAAUAGAUUACAGUGGAAUACUUCUUUCAACUCCAUAUAAAAUUUCCAAAUGGAGUAGACUUCUGUUCUUUUUGAACAAAAUGCAGCAUUAACAAAAUUCCUAAGUAGGCAUACAGAAAUGAGAAUAGUAAGUGGAAUUCAGAUGACUAAUACUCUCUUUGGGGCUAGAUGGCAAGGCUUGUUAAGGUACUGACUUGCAUGUGUUUAGCCUAAGGAGAUCACUUUGGAGGGCUCCAGAAGGAAUGCUGCUAAAUGUAUUUGGUAAUAAAAGGAAAUACCAAGUCAGGAAAUUUUGCCAGAAAAUGCUCUGAGAAAAUGUAAUCACAGCAUUUUUGAAGAUGUGAAAAAAGUUAAACCCUUCCAUAGAUUGAGCAUUCCCUGGAAUUAUCUAUCCUCUGCUGCAGCUUCCUUUCAUAAACAAAGUGCAGAAUUUACAAGAUUCCAUCUUGUUGUUCUCUAGUGUCUGUUCUUCACUAGACCCACUAAAUCAACCCCUGCUGUAUCGAUUGCAGCAGCGUCGAUUUCCCCGUAGUGAAGACCAGCCCUCAGCCAAGUGGGUGUGAGUACCUAAUUUGGCCCAGUGUUUCUGCCUAUGUUCUUCAUGAAUUCUAACCCACUUUUGCUUUAUUGAAGAUGUCUUUAGAAUCAUGUGUCUGAUCCAUUUUAGCAGCAUUUCCCACCUAGCACAGUCAAUAUGUAUUCCUUUUGUUGCAACAGUUGUUUAUUUGUGUUGUGGUCAUGCCAUCUGUCAUGUCAAGGAUCAAGGCCUUAUUGUGGUAGGUGUCAUACACAACAUAAUUAAAACAUGGUCCCUGCCCCAAAGCACUUAUGAGCUAAGUAUAAAACAAAUGAGAAGAGCUGGGUAUAACAAAUAGACUGGGGAGCACAACAUAUGUUUAUUUAUGAAGGAGUUCUGUAGCUGCAAACUACAAACUGAAUUAAAGAUACAAAUCCUUUUUGUUGCCUGGAAGGAAAAAUAGUAGCAGGAUUCUUACUAUGAUAGUCAAGACCUGUUACAUGUAAUUCCACUCUCAAAGAUCAUGCUUUAAACCAUUUCAUUCCCAUGUUUCAUACAACUAAAACUUUGAUGGAUAGAUUGAAUGUUGCCUGUAUUCUCCAUGUAUAAUUUUUCACAGAUGCCUGUGUUUCAUUUUGGAGAUCUAAGUAUACUCUCUCUCAUCACUAAAGAUAAAAUGGGGGAAUUGUCUAGUUAGGUUUGGUGAAGCUAUUCUUUGGCUACACCCUAGCUGAGUUUUAUAACAUUCCCUUUUAUCUUUGCAGCUGCCUCUUAUUCCCUUUGCCAAGAAUGAGGCAUUCACAUUCUCUUCCGGAAUUCUUUAUUUGCUCUUUUAGUAACUAAAUAUGUAUGUUGUAUUUGGGAAAGCUGUGAAAUAGGAUUAUAUUGAGUAAAUCACCCUCUUGUUUAAAGGCAUUAAUUGUUCCUUUAAAUCUCUCAUAACUAAACAAGAUGCGUAGAGCCUGCUGUACAUGGCUAUGAUUUAAAGAGAGACCCUUUCCUUUUUUUUUUUUAAUUUCUCAUUGAUGCAAGUACUAUUACUAGUAAAGUACCGUAAUGAGAAGGUGGAUUUCUUCUCACACCAUGGACAGAUGUGUGGCUAUUUCAAUCCUGACAUAUCAAUUGCUAACUCUCUCUCCUCCACCCUUCAAAGAUUAGCAACAAAAUUUAGUGGCUUAUCACAGUCUGUUCAUUGCUAUCAGGAGCAUUCAUGUCGUGAAUUGUUAAAAUGUGGAACAAGAUCAGGAUACAGAAGAAGCUGCAGUUUUUUAACUAGGAAUGCUACUUUCAGAAAAGGCUGAGUCAGCAAACUCAUAACUUGCAAGUGAUCAAAGGACACAAGCUUUAACCUUGUUUUCCCCCCCACACCCUUUUCACAGCUGGCCUGUUAGACAGCAAUCUCUUGUUUUAGAGUCUAUGUAUAGUUUCUGCAUUAUAGUACAAAUAUGAGCCACAUAGUUUAAGGAGAAAGGCAGGCCAAUUGAAUGGUGUAAGAGUAUACAGACACCAUCAUGUGGCACUGAAAUUUUGCCCAACUGAUAGUGCUUUUGGCAACUUGUCAGGAGCUCAAGGACAUUGUAUUAAGAGGAGCUGACAGCAGAUGUUCCAUUUUUAGUGUGGAGUUGAGACCCAUGGACUCCACAAGUCCCAGCUAGCAGCACUCGAUCUGAAUAUGAGCGACCAGGCUGCUGGGGCAGAUUUUCUGUAAACUGCAUCUUUGUACUGAAGACAAAGAUGUGUGGAACUUUCUUUUAGAGCUCCAUGGGCAGUCCCUGAAAUACAGUGUUCUCAGUGUUGCCUGAUAUAAUCUAUUGAUUAUAUAUUGAUUAUUAUAUUGCUUGCUUAAGAAUUCUCAGUUAGCAUUCUGAGGCUUGAUAGGUUCUUGUCCUAAGAUCUGGCCCAAUAUUAUUAAAAUUACUGUUAAAUUGGGAACCCCAAUGUGCAUUGUUGCAACACUUACAUGUAGGAAAUCUCACUAUAUUUAUAAUUGUUUUAUGAAUACAGUUAGCAAAGUCACAAACACUCUAACCCAGCAAGGUAAAAAGAGAUAAUACAAUACACCUGAACAUCCAUAUACUCUCACCAUCCCUUGCAGAACAACCUAAAAUGUUAGUCAUGAUCUUCCUCCUCCUCAUUUCCUUCCUCAUCAACACCACCACUGGUUGUGUUGUAUUAAGAGGAGCUGACAGCAGAUGUUCCAUUUUUAGUGUGGAGUUGAAACCCAUGGACUCCACAAGUCCCAGCAAGCAGCACUCCAUCUGAAUAUGAGCAACCAGGCUGCUGGGGCAGAUUCUCUGUAAACUGCAUCUCCAAAGGCACACAGCCUGGGAUAUAGGUUUUAUAAUGUGUUAUUUUAACAUCACUAAACCUAAUGCAUAUUCAGUAGGAGUUUCACUCCCUUUUCUUUAUUUAUAGUUUCUCUCCCUAACUCAUGUUGGGAUGCCCUUCUCCCAUAGGUUAUUAAUCUUUGUACUUCAAUCUUAUUAGUAUAAAAAUAGUUCAGAGGUUCUUAACCUUUACUGCAGCCUGCACCCCUUUGGUUCUCAAAAAUAUAGUCUCACACCCCUUAUCAAAAAUCAUUAAAGUAGCUCAGUUCUUUAAACCUAGAUAUAUCAUAAUUAUAGAAUGAAAGAGAACUAUAUAUUUAUUUUAAUUUUGCAGUUAAAAUUUAAUGCAGUAAUCGUUAAAAAUGUAUAAUGUUAAAAAAUACAUAGGUUUGAUGAAACAAAGUAGUUGUACUUAUGUGCCUGUGCUUAAUUUGUAUUUCGAUGAUUUACCUUCUAAAAAAAUCUGGCCUGUCUCACACCCCCAGGGGGUGCGUGCAUCCCAGGUUAAGAACCACUGCAUUAGUUAGUUACCAUGGCACACUGGUGGUCAGACAUCAGCUGAUGUCACUAACUUAAAAUAUUCCAAGUGGAUAUAAAUUAGCAUCUUGUAGUUACCUACCAGCAGUUUUGUCAUUCAGCAUUCUAUAUUACGAUAUCUUAUGAUUUAGGGUUACUCUUGGUUAGCUACUUAUGCUAAGACUUUUUUGGGCCUCAUGUCUUGAUUAGUUUAGCUAGGCUAUUGUCUUACAAGCCUUGAGGCUCAUUGCAUUACUGCCUUUACUUAUACCUAUGCAUUACCUAAUAAAUACUUAUACCUAUAGGCUACAUCGGCCAAUGAUGGUUCCUGUUUCACUCUAGUUAUGACUUUUUACCUAUUGACUCUUCAGGCAGUCCACUUGGUUGCAUUGGUCAGAAAAUUUUUCAGACUUAAGAAUUAUGGAUACUGUAUAAUCACAUACAAUGUGUUGCAAUGAGAUUCAAGCAUCGAAGUCCAGAGGUGCACAUUUUCAUCCUGUUCAAUCCCAUUGAAGCCAAUGCACGGAAAAUCACAUGACCAAUGGCUGCUGGACUGUAUGUUAGCGAAGCUGGCCUACCUGUAUCUGGACCACAGAGUGGUGACUCUGGGGAGGUAAGCAAUUUUACAAUUGCAAUUAAAAUUAUUGCUAAAUUUUAUUGGACAGUCACAUAAUUCAAGUUUUGGUGAAAAACCUUUUUUAAAAAGUUGUACAGAUUUAAUAUUAAUAGAACUCUUAACCAAAUUAACCAUAUUAAAAUCAAAAAAGUUUUGUUUGUAUACAAAUAUUUCCUUAUAGUAUUCAUAACAUAUAUCAAAUUCUGGAAAUAAGAUCCAGAACGUGAAACAAUCUAGACGCUGGGGUAAAGACAAAAGUGAAACUGAUCUAUUGUCCUCCAAAUUGAAUGAAAUGCAAAAAAUAAAAAGUAUGUAUUAUGAAAAAAAUAUUUUAAAUGUUUAGUUUUAGCAAUCUCCUAGAACAAUAACUUUGGUGAAGAAAUGUGAUUUUAAAAUAACAUUUUGGCCUAUCCUGCUAAAUGUUAAUCUUUUACAUUGGUUAUACAGUACUAUAAUUUCCAUAGCAAUGUUUUUAGCUAAUAAAUAAAGUUUAGAAGUUGCUGUGAUACCGAAUUUUUUCUCGUUGUUGUUGUUAGAAUUAUGAACCUUGGUUGUGUCUAGAAUAUUACUUUGAAGCUUGAGUUGUUCUUUCCGUGGAAGAAUUUAUCAAAG